AUGUAUUACAAUUUGUCCCCUGCCGACGUUGCCAACCGCAUGCCGCCUCCACCACCCCCGAGCCAGUACCAGUUCUUGUUGAGCGCCACUGCUUUGCAACAACAACUCCAGCAACAUGUACCACAAGUUGAACCCACCCCAGCACAAUUGCCUAACACGUUUCACCGAGUUUGCUCUCCCAAAGUUACGCCCGCCCCCGUCACCACAUCUCAGCUUGCACCACUGUCGACUUUACACAUCACCCAUGCUACAUACCCAUGUCUACCCAAAUUUGAGAAGUCCCAGUCAAUACGUGUUAACAUUGGGCACACAUCACCACCACCCACCAAGACCUACGCCGCAUCAGGAGCACCAUACCACAAACCAAAUCUCGAAUUCACCAAGUUCACGAACUACACCUUGGAGUCUCAUCAGCUCAAUCAAUCGUCACUAAAUAAAUCGGCAGUGCUCAAUAUGGGACGCAACCGGCGAAAACUGGGAGGAACCAUCACAAAUGACCCGAAAAAAAAGAAGAAACGUGAAAAGAAGGCUGAUCGUGAAGUUGAAGCAAUUGCUGAAGCAACAUUUAUGAAGAAGGUUCAACUAACGAAACAAUUCCUCCGCGGCCGGCCACAUUAUCCUCACGAGCUAGCAGGUGAAACGAGCGGAUGCCCCCAUGACGGCGCUAGCGAUCAAGAACAACCUGAUAUUGAUCAAAUCAUGCAUAUGAAUGAAGGCGAUCCUGAUCCACCUUAUGACGAUGGCGACAAUUGGGUUGAUGUGGAUGAUUUCGAUAGGGAUGGAGCAAUUCGACGCUAUGUUCAAAAACAUCGAGGAUACCGUUAUGCACAAAGGCGUGAACGCCUUCGACAGCAGUGGGCAGCCCUCGAAAACCAAAUCACCAGUGUAUACCUCGAGAACGAAGCUCUUACAGAGAAUUGGACCACGAAAACUUCAUACGUUGGUGAUGCAAGCCCAGACUGCCAGUGUCACGAAGGUGUGUUUUAUACACGCAAAGUAGAUCUAAUUGGUGUACUUGGACGCUCAAUCUCCCAAGAACUCAGAUUCUGCCGCUGCUUACCUGAACCUGUCCAGCUUUUACAUCAAGGUUAUAUAGCCGCUUCACCCACACGACCUGGGACAGCUUUUUCGAUUCCACUAUUACAACAUCAUCAUAACUUGUGGCUCACGACGGUUUCGGCGACGUCAAGCUAUAUCGAGGGGCACCUCAACUUCCUCGACAGACGUAAAGACCAGCCCCACAAGAGUCAAUACCCGUCGUUGUUUGUCAAGCCAAGCAAAAUAACUCAACAAGAUGCCCAACUAGCUGCCGCCUGUGCCGCUGGACCACCUGAAACACCCGAAGACCCUUGUGCCGAAGCGCACAAAACUGCUAACGACACCCGAGGCUCUUCCACGUGGGACAAAUGCGACGAUACAGGUUUGUUUGCAGCGGCCUGUCGUCAUGACGUACCUUUAGCAAUGGCCAAUAUCUAUCAAAGUGGCGAAAACUUGAUGAAGCAUAUCAUGGACGACUUUCCUGACGAACGAUUUGGUGUAUUGUAUGACAUAGGCUGUCAUCUUGACAAGCACAUAAACCGGGUAUGUUGA